AUGACUGCUUUUGAAAAAAUGGGUGUUAUGCCCGAAAUAGCUAAAGCCGUCAAUGAUAUGGAAUGGACUUUACCGACGGAUGUUCAAGCAGAAGCCAUACCACUUAUUCUAGGUGGAGGAGAUGUACUUAUGGCAGCAGAAACCGGGAGUGGAAAAACUGGGGCAUUUUGUCUUCCGAUAUUACAAAUCGUACACGAAACAUUAUUGGAUAUAUCUCAGGGUAAAACGUCGAAAAUCUCAAAUGUUAAUACAAAUACUCAAGGAUCGAAUAAAUGGGGUCUUAGUUUUUUCGACAGGAGUUCAGCCAUGGCUGUCACUCCCGAUGGAUUACGUUGUCAAUCACGCGAAGCUCAAGAAUGGCACGGAUGUCGUGCUACAAAGGGUGUAAAAGGUAAAGGUCAAUAUUACUACGAAGCUACCGUUACGGAUGAGGGUUUGUGCCGUGUCGGAUGGGCCACCGGUCAUUCGAGUUUAGAUUUGGGUACCGAUAAAUAUGGCUUCGGAUUUGGUGGUACCGGUAAAAAAUCAAAUUCAAGACAAUUUGAUAAUUACGGAGAACCUUUUGGAAUGCACGACGUCAUUGGUUGUUAUUUAAAUUUAGACGACAUGGAAAUAAAAUUUUCGAAAAAUGGCAAAGAUUUAGGUGUGGCAUUUAGAGUGCCAGGAAAUUUAAAAGAUGCCGUUUUUUUUCCUGCGGUGGUUUUAAAAAAUGCCGAAAUGUCAUUUAAUUUCGGUGAUAGUAAUUUCAAAUAUCCUCCUUCCGGCAAUUAUGUAGCCGUAUCGAAAGCACCUGAAAAUUGCAUUUCCAACAACACAAACGGAGUUUCGAGUGGGCCUCCCUCUGGUGGGGUAACGAAAAAAGUCAACAACGCACCACAAGCAAUAAUUAUCGAACCUUCUAGAGAACUUGCCGAACAAACUUAUAAUCAACUUGGAAAAUUUAAAACUCAUUUACCAUCCCCGAUAUCGACUCUACUCGUAGUCGGUGGAGUACCCGUCAAAGAUCAAAUAUCAGCAUUGAAUUCCGGAGUCGACAUUGUUUGCGGUACUCCGGGUAGAUUAGAAGAAUUAAUAUCAACAGGUCAUUUAUCACUUACCCAAUGUAGAUUUUUCGUUUUAGACGAAGCUGACGGUUUACUAAAGCAGGGUUACUCCCAACUCAUAGACAGAGUCCACAAGCAAAUUCCAAAAAUAACAUCCGACGGUCGUAGAUUACAAAUGAUCGUUUGUUCGGCAACUCUCCACGACUUCGAAGUUAAAAAAAUGGCUGAUAAAUUAAUGCAUUUUCCAACAUGGGUCGAUUUGAAGGGCGAAGAUGCCGUACCUGAAACUGUACAUCACGUUGUCGUAAUGAUCGACCCUCAAAAAGAUAGAUCUUGGGAAACUCUCAGGUAUCACAUUCAAACGGAUGGCGUUCACGCAAACGACAACGUAAGACCGAAAAACAACACGCCGGAAACACUUUCCGAAGCCGUUAAAAUGCUAAAGGGUGAAUAUUGCGUGAGAGCAAUCAACGAACACAAAAUGGAUCGAGCCAUCAUAUUUUGCAGAACGAAACUCGAUUGCGGUAAUUUGGAAAGGUAUUUCAAUCAAUUGGGUAAAGGACCCAGAAAUCCUCAGAAUCCGUAUUCUUGCGUUUGCCUUCACGGGGAUAGAAAACCAAACGAAAGAAAAGCAAAUUUGGAAAAAUUCAAAAACAAAGAAGUUAAAUUUCUCAUUUGCACGGAUGUUGCUGCGAGAGGUUUGGACGUGUCAGGACUUCCGUUCAUGAUAAACGUGACACUUCCCGAUGAGAAAAGUAAUUACGUGCACAGGAUAGGUCGAGUAGGAAGAGCCGAAAGAAUGGGUUUGGCCAUAUCCCUAGUGAGUUCUGUGCCGGAAAAAGUCUGGUACCACGGUCAGUGGUGUCCUUCGAGAGGACAAAAUUGUUUCAACACGAAUCUCACGGACGUGAAAGGUUGUUGCAUUUGGUACAACGAACCCAGAUAUUUAGCGGAAAUAGAAGAUCAUUUAAACGUAACGAUACAACAAGUCGAACCGGAUAUUAAAGUACCCGUUAACGAAUUCGACGGUAAAGUCGUAUACGGACAAAAACGUACUCAAACCGGUACGAAUUAUCAAAAUCACGUCGCUCAAAUGGCUCCCGCCGUAAAAGAUUUAACAUCUUUAGAAAGUAAAGCGCAACUCAUAUACAUACAAAGACAUUUUAAUAAAAAAAUUGCUUGAAUCUCGCACC